CGUGACACACAAAAAAAGAGUUAAAUCCAAAAAUGAUUUUAAUUCCUGGGCUAACUUGCUGGCUGAUUUGGGAUUUCAGUAGCCACGGAUGGGGAAAUGGAAAAUCUGCACGGACUGCAGCCCGAUCCCAAUUUUCAAAGCGAGAAGUUACUCCAUUUUCUAUGCAAAUAUCAGAAACGCAAGAAUCUCUCUUCUCAAGUCAGAGAGAGAGAGCGAUAGAGAGAGAGAGAGAAAGAGAGAGAGAGGGAGAGAGAGAGGGAAGCGACGGCUCUCAGACUGGGACAAUAUUAUCUGGGAGCUGAACGAUAAACCGAACGCUUUUUUUUCCUUCCUUCCCUAUUAUCCCAGAAAAGAAAUGGUCGCGUCAAAGCCAUCUCCCGUCAGCUAAAACCUAAUCUCGGAUAUACUACUAAUAGCCGAGUCCUCGGACUAGAAAACACAACAAAUCAUAAAGCCGGUGGCCAGGACGGCCGCUCUUCCCCCCGGGCUCCAAUGAGUUCCUAUUUCGUCAACUCUUCGUUCCCGGUUACACUGUCUAACGGGCAGGAGUCCUUUCUGGGACAGCUCCCGUUAUACUCUUCGGGCUAUGCGGACCCUUUAAGACACUAUCCGGCGGCGUAUGGGGCCGGCGGGGUCCAGGACAAGGGGUUUGCGUCCUCUUCCUAUUAUCCUCCGGCGAGUGGGGGGUACGGCCGGGCGGCGGCGUGCGACUACGGGGCCGCGGGCUUCUACCGGGAGAAGGAGCCCGGCUGCGUCCUGGCCAGCGGCGGCGAAGACACGGCCCCCUUCCUCCAGGAAGCCCGCAAGGCGGACUGCGUACAGGACAAGAACGGGUUUGGAGACGGCGACGAUCAAAAGUGUUCCACGCCCGUGUACCCGUGGAUGCAGAGAAUGAACUCCUGCAAUAGCUCCUCCUUCGGGCCCAGCGGCCGGCGUGGCCGCCAGACCUACACCCGCUAUCAGACCCUGGAGCUGGAGAAGGAGUUCCACUACAACCGCUACCUGACCCGGCGCCGCCGCAUCGAGAUCGCUCAUGCCCUGUGCCUGACCGAGAGACAGAUCAAAAUCUGGUUCCAGAACCGACGGAUGAAGUGGAAAAAGGAGAACAAACUUCUUAGCUCCUCGCAGCUUAGCGCCGAGGAAGAGGAAGAGAAGAGCGCCGAGUGAAGGCGCCGGAGAGAGAAGAAGGGACGAGGGGGCGCCCGCAGAGUGGGGAAAUAUGGGAGGUGGGAAGAGGGGCGGGCGACAGUCAUCAAAUCCCCGAGUCUGAUGUGGGGGUGGUAAGGGGAUUCGCCCCCAAAUCAGCUCCCAGAAAGUGUCAAGACUAAACCGCAACGCUGGACUCAACCUGCAGGGUCUCGUGUCAGUCACAAGCUGCUAGCCCCCAGCCCUCAUCCCCAGCCCCCGCCCCUCCCUCCCUCCCACGGGAGCCCCGUGGGUUUUCUGUGUGGUGUUUCUGGUCGAGAACAGAUAGUAACUCGCUAACUUUGUGUUUGCCGGAAGCGAUGCAAUCGGUCUUUUUGGUGUUUUCGUCUUCAUUUUUGUUCAGUGAUCUCUGCACGAUUGACUUCUCGAUUUCCCCUCGGGAAGGGGAGGGGAAGGGGACCUCUUCCUGGGCAUGGGGUCUGCCCCUCCGCCUUCCGGGCCUGUGGUCCUCCUCCCCCUCCCCACCCUCUUUCUAAGCUCCUGAAAGGGACCGGGUCAACAGAGGAGGGAGAGGAGCCACAGUAGCAGAAAAAAAAAGUUUCUAUUUUAUUA